AUGAAGCGCAAGACCGAUGAGAGACCGUCUCUGGACGGCAACGGCCUGCCCGAAACCAAGAAGCGUGCGCUUUCCAGCGAGGAGGCCGUGGCGCGUUUCCGUGACGGCCUGUUCGACGCCGCGGAGCAGAAGAAGUACACCGAUGCCUACGCCAAGUCAAGCCCGUACUACCAUGGCGUAAUCCACCCCUUGAUCGAACCGUCUCUCCUCCGUUCCGUCCGUGAUGAAAUCCAAGAGCAUCUGUCCUUCACCGAGAAGGAGACCGACAUCUAUAAGAUCUUCCAGUCUGGAGACCUGGCAAACCUGGAUGGUCUGGACGACUCCUCCCUCUCGAAGUUGCCGUCUAUUUUGAAGCUUCGCGACGCCAUGUACUCGGCCCGCUUCCGCGAGUACUUGUCUGCCGUGACUGGCUCCGGAAAGCUGAGCGGCCAGAAGACCGACAUGGCCAUUAACGUAUACAACGAGGGAUGCCACCUCUUGUGCCACGAUGAUGUGAUUGGCAGCCGUCGUGUCAGCUACAUUCUCUACCUAACCGACCCCGACAUCCCGUGGCAGGAACAGUGGGGUGGUGCGUUGCGCCUAUACCCGACCACUACGGAGAAGGAUGCCCAGGGCGAGGAUGUGAAGAUCCCCAGCCCAGACUUCAGUCUCUCCAUUCCCCCGGCCUUCAACCAACUGAGUUUCUUCACCGUUCAACCGGGUGAGAGUUUCCACGACGUCGAGGAGGUCUACCACCCCGGCGCGAACGACGACAAGUCGAAGAAGCGCGUGCGCAUGGCCAUCAGCGGCUGGUUUCACAUUCCCCAGGAGGGCGAAGACGGUUACGAGGAGGGAUUGGAGGAGAAGCUGGCCGAGCGCAGCAGUUUAGCUCAACUUCAGGGCCGAGGCGACAUCUACGAUCUUCCGCAGCCCAAGCCGGUUUCCUGGGAAGAGCCCGAGGUCGAGGGUAAGGGCAAAGCCAAGGUUGAGGAGCACGCCGAGGGCAAUGACUUCACUGCGUCCGAUCUGGAGUUCCUUGUGCAGUAUCUUGCACCCUCUUACCUGACCCCCGAUAUCGCGGAGGAGAUGUCGGAUGCCUUCUCCAGCGAGUCCUCCCUCAGCCUGGAGCGGUUCCUCAACGAGAAGUUUGCUUCCCGUGUCAGCGCAUUCAUCGAGGACCAAGAAAAACAAUCACUCCCCGCCUCCUCCGAAGAGAUCAAGUCUCAGACUGGCUGGACGGUGGCCCGCCCCCCUCACAAGCACCGCUACAUGUACCAGCAACCCGAGUCGGGUGCCACCGAGAACCCUAUCCAAGAACUGCUGAAUGUGCUCUUCCCUUCUCAGGCCUUCCGCAAAUGGCUGUCCCUCAUCACUGGUGUCGACCACCUCAAGAGCCACAAUCUGCUUGCCCGCCGCUUCCGUCGUGGUGCUGACUAUACCCUUGCCAGUGGAUAUGAUGGCGAGGAGCCACGAUUGGAGUUUACACUCUGCCUUACCCCCUCCACGGGCUGGGAGAAGCAGGAGGAUGAGGAGGAAGAGGCCGAAAAUGGCGAGAACGGCGAGGUUCAGUCCAAGCCCAAGGAGAAGCCAAGCGGCGAUGCGGAAGAGCCAAUUGCUCUCGGUGGAUAUGAGAUCUAUAUGGCCGGGGAUGAGGACGAGGAGGAAGAAGAGGAUGAGGAUAAUGCCGAUCAGGUGCUCCGACCUAAGGAGAAGAAGAAGGCCGACCCCGCGAUCUACCGCUCUGCCGGUGCAGACGAGGACGACGGAAUCCUGUUCAGCACUCAGGCUGGAUGGAACCGUCUUAGCAUUGUGCUGCGCGACAGCGGUACCUUGAAGUUCGUCAAGUAUGUCAGCGCGGCGGCCAAGGGUGACCGGUGGGAUAUCACUGGUGACAUUGGGGUCGAGUUCGAAGACGACGACGAUGACCAUGAUGAAAACAUGGAUGACGACGAAGGCGAAGAUGAAGAAGAAGAAGAAGAAGAUGGUGAUGAUGAUGAUGAUGAUGACGAGUAG